AAAUGACAGACUCAUGGAGCUCAAUUUAUUAUUUAUACUGAUCACAGUUUUAAGUAUCUACAUGGGUAACACAAAAUGGUAAUCGGUUCUUCAGUCUAGCAGAAAAUGUAUAAUAAGAUCCAAUGGCUGGAAGUAAAAGCAAUACAAAUUCAGACCAGAAAAAAGGUGUACAUUUUUAACAAUGAGGGUUAUUAACCACUGGAACAACUUACCACGAACUGUGGUGGAUUCUCCAUCACUGACAAUUUUUGAAUCAAGAUUUCUUAAAAGAUAUGUUCUAAUUCAAAUAAGAAUUAAUUCAGGGAAGUCCCAUGGGCUGUAUUAUCCUAGAGGUCAGACCAGAUGAUCCCUUCUAGCCUUUUAAUUUAUUAAUCUAUUUACUCAAACUACAGGGAAAAUGUAGUUUUAAUACUGUUCUUUUGCAGCAGUGCAAACACUGUAUGUGUUUCACUGUUUGUAAUCUGCACUGAAUUUGUUGCAAUAAAUUAAGAAAAAGGAAUUUAAUAAAACGUUGCACUUAUAUAGCACUUUUCAGCCCACAGUGGUGUGUCAGUAAAUAUUACCAUUAUUUUACAAAUGGGGAAAAGCAGGGGUCAAAUUGAAAAUAAAAGGUAGUGGUACUCUUCCAAGCUCUGCCCACAAAUCAAUCCCUGCCCACAAAAUAAACUCCACACACUUGAAACAGAAAAAUGAGUUGUGGAUGUAGAUUGUGGAGAUAUUUAAAACAUGAUCAUGCUUGGCUGGCUCCCUUGGGUUGCCUGAGCUUGUUUCCUUCUUGGGAAAAAGAUAAAUGGUGGAACUCUCCCAAGUUCCAUCCACUCACAACACUUAAAAUGAGAUAUCGCUCAUGCACUCCCUUGUUGCAUGGUUUGAUCAGUAGUGAAAUUGUUAAAUUAGUUGAUGUUUAAAUAAUCAUUGCUGGGAAUCUGAGUUAACACCUCAGUUGACACCUCUGAGUUAACACCACUGAGGAUCAACUCAUACUCCUUAGACUUAUUGUUUCAUGUUCUCCCAAACUCAAACAGAAGUUGCUGCAUCAGAUACAUUCAAUUCACAUUCUAAAGGUUUCUGCGCAACAUUGAAGGCUAGAGAUUUACUUUUUUAAAAACAAAAGCUUCUAUUCUAGAGCACAAGGUUGCAACUUGGGAGAGUAACACAUUAUUAUUGCACACCUUCAAAUCUGAACACUGGGGAAAACUGUAAAUGAAAGUUAACUGACUGGCUGGCUUAAGACCACAUAGCAAGUGGUGGGACAGGGCAGAACAGAACACAGAACUCCUGAAUCCCACCCCUCCAUUCUGCUUACAAGAUUACAAUAUUUAUAUUUUCAUGCUUAAACCCAUGUUAAAAGUUGCAUGCUUAUAUUUUAAUUCAAAAUAUUCCUAACUUUAUCUUGCAAAUAUGAGAAUAUAUGCAUUUUUAAAAGAAUGUAAAAUUUCAGAUUCAAAAUCAAUUAAUUGUGAUUGUGAGUGUAUUUUAUGAAUUAAAAAAAACAUACUUGAGCUUUCUUAAAACUCAGACAUGUUGGGUCAUUUUUCACAUAAGUAAAGUGUUCAGAAUCUAAUAGCAGGAACUACUUAGAUUCAUAAAGGAGAGCUUUAUUUGUUACAGCUGUUCUUUUAUGAUACCUGAACCCAGACAUAAUUAUAUCUGCCUGUUACGUCAGGGAAAUUUAAUUUUAGCAAUGUGAAAAACUGCAUCGUCUUGGAAUUCAUUCUUAUGAAUGGUGAUGAUGCUGAGUCACUUCCUUUAAUAAUUUAGGCAAUUAUAAUUAUAACUUAAUUUCUUAUGAUUUUUCCUAAAUAUUUAUCUACCCCAAAAGAAGGGAGAUGGAGGUGCACAAAGAUAGGUUGUGUUGGUUCUCGUAUCAUAUUAAAUGUACUACAAAUCAAAAUAAAUAAAAAAAACAAUUUAUGUUAGUUACAUUAAAUGUGACCUACAAAGGUUUUUGCUUGUUUGUUUUGCAAUUGGACUCAUGCUUUAUGUUUUCAAAAAAAAGCCUGAAAGUUGUAUGGAUUUUUUUCCUGACUAUUUUUUAAACCCUGAAAUAUUGAGAAUGUCAAUGCACUGAGGCCAGGAAAUGCAUAUGUGAAUGCAUAAACUGUAACUCUAUCCCUUUAUGCAUAUGUAUUACAAUUUAUGUGAUCACAUACUCCUUUUUAAACAACACACAAUGUAUCAUACAUAUUUCUAUAAUAUUAGGGCACGAUUCAGAAAAGCAUUUAAGCAUAUUAGGAAAGUACUUUGCUGAAUCAGGCCUUGGAUACGCAGGUGUAGCAGUUUUUAGUAUGGUGUUCUACUUUGUAUAUGCAAGACAGAGUUCAUGGACUCUAUUUCUACAUACUUAAAGAACAAACAUGCUACAAAUGAAUUAUAACAGAUUUAAUAAGAAGCAUUAUGUAAGUACUUACAAUUAGAACAUUAACUCUUUCAAUAACUACAUUAUUAUUAUUUCACAAAUAAAUCAAUGAAAAUAUAUUAAAUAUAGUUAAAUACUGUGAAUCAGCAAACAUACAUAUAUUUCUAUGUCAGUUUACAGCAGAAUUCAAGGUCCUUGUACUUGUGAAGUUAGAAAUAUAUUCAUAAUUUUCAAAGUAGUGUGGAAAAGAAAGUUCCAAAAAAAUUCUGACAUGAAUGGAAAGAAACAUUUUCUUUAAAACAAUCCUAAACUAAGUCCAAUACUUGGUGAAAGUAAUAUUUUAACUUUGUUGAUCAAGGAUAGGCCAUAUGAGAAAUACUCUCUAAAGCCCCAAUUCUGCCAAAACUAACUUUAUGCCUUGAGAGCAGUCCCAUUAAUUUCUCACAAUGUGUAAUUCUCUAUAGGGUUAGAGCAUGAAUGUAUAGUAUACAUGGGUGGGCAUAAGUUAAAAUGCAUGAAAACACAGAAAUGCCAAUACAUCAUAAAACAUACUGGACAAGUAUGAUAAUUAAACUAGUAUAUUUUAAACUUGAAACUGAGCAGAACAGAGAAAGUUAUUUUGGAACAUUAGCAACACUUCAUCUUCAUGCGACAGAUAUGAUAUUCCACUCAACACAUAAGUGAUUCUGCACUUACCUUUGAAACAAUUCUCUUUGGGUCCUGUGAAGUCCUGCCAGCCAGCUACUAAUAACUGAGAUGCCCCAGAAUGCAGCUACCACAACAGUAACUCGGCUGGAGCAACGCAGCCCAUCGGUUUGGACAUAUACUGUAAAUAUGCAAAAAUAUUACACAGUUUUGAAAAAACAGCAUUUUACGGCUUGGGAUACAAAUAAUAAAAUAACUCUCAGAACAGCAUGUUGCUUGGUCUCAGGUGCAGCUUCAGAUACCCAACUAACAUCAUUUAGGUCAUCGACGUUAACUAUUUCAUUGCCGAUCGGCGGUCACGGCCGGGGAAAGGAGAGCUCGUUCAGUGACAAGGUGCACAAGCUCCGGCGAGCGCGAAGGGGCGGCGCUGGGGACGGCACCGGCACGCACUGACCCCACCCUGAGCGGGGAGACCCCUGGGCCAGGCUGGAGCGGAGGAGUCCGGAGGCGCAGCUGAGCUCCCCGCAGCAGCAGGGGCGCGGUCCGCCCGGGCAGGGGGCGUCAGGUCGGCAGGCUGCUGCGCCCGCAGGGGCCGCUUGCCCAGCUCCCCGCGCGGGCGAGACGCGUGUGCACCGGCCGCUGCUGGGGGACGCGCUCACGUCGCUCCGGGAGCUCCAGCGCCGCCUUCGCCCGGCCCGGCUACACGCAAGCUGUGAGCGCGCGGCACGCAGGGGGCGGAGCCCGGCUCGGGGAGCCGCUCUACAUUUCCCCUUACUUAGCACGCGCGUGGCCGAGCUCCUCCUCCUCCUCCUCCCCCCGUAUCUCGGCGCAGCGGCCGCGCUCUUCUCGCGAGAGUUUAACAGAGCGCGCGCCCGGAGACAUCCGGGUUCCGCUCCCCGCCGCCCCGCACUGUUUGGCCCGGCCGGAGCCCGGAGGGAAGAUGGCGGUGGAGUCGCGGGUUACGCAGGAGGAGAUUAAGAAGGAGCCGGAGAAGCCCAUCGACAGGGAGAAGACGUGCCCGCUGCUGCUGAGGGUCUUCACCACCAACAACGGGCGGCACCACCGCAUGGACGAGUUCUCCCGCGGCAACGUGCCCUCCAGCGAGCUGCAGAUCUACACCUGGAUGGAUGCAACUUUAAAAGAGCUGACCAGUUUAGUGAAAGAGGUCUACCCAGAAGCACGGAAGAAGGGCACGCACUUCAAUUUUGCAAUAGUUUUUACAGAACUCAAGAGACCCGGUUAUAGGGUGAAGGAGAUUGGCAGCACAAUGUCAGGCAGAAAGGGCACAGAUGAUUCCAUGACUCUGCAGUCUCAGAAGUUCCAGAUUGGAGACUACUUGGAUAUAGCAAUUACUCCUCCAAAUCGUGCACCACCCCCAUCAGGACGCAUGAGACCAUACUAAGUGACAAAGUGUCACUUUGUUUAAAACUGAUCAUGUAUAUUUCCCUUUGAUAGUACUUGCUGCUUGAAACAGGCUCUUUUUUGUUUAUUGCUAAGCAAGAACAUCUGAGAACACACUUAAACCUUGGAAACAUGGGUUACUUUUAAAACUUUAUUUUACUUGUUUAGAAGAAAAUAUCUUUCAGCAGCUUCAUAAUCCUUUUCAUAGUAGUUAUGGUCUGAAAAGUAGAAAUGUUCAGUGUUUCAAGGUCUCUAAAAUAUGAGCAGCAUAACAUAGAAGUGUUCUAGUUCUGUUAGAAGCUGUCAUGUUUGGAACAAAUAUAUUGCUAUGUCAUCCAAAAUUUAGCGUCUGUUUUUAAAGAUUAAACCAGGUCUGCGUAAUAAGUGUUUAAUUAAACUGUUAAUGUCA